AUGUGGAUAAAGAGAAUGUGUAGUCAGGGGUACUGAAGGGCAAUGGCCACCAUUCUACCUUCAUCUAACUCUCACUUUCUCUCCUUCACCGUUCCCCGCAACUCUUCCACUUUUCUCAAGUGGGGACAGAUCAAAGAGCAAGAUGUAAGCAUAGUUGCCAAUAGAACCCGAGGUCAAGCGGUUAGAGUCCUGGUAGCUUCAGGAAAGGGUGAUACAGUCAUGGUUGAUCCUGUUGAAGCCAAGCGAUUGGCUGCCAAACAAAUGGAAAGAAUCAAAGCAAAAGAGAAACUCAAGAGAAGACGCCAAAUUGAGGCAAUUAAUGGAGCAUGGGCAAUGAUCGGUCUCACGGCUGGCCUAGUUAUUGAAGGUCAAACUGGAAAAAGUAUUCUGACUCAGCUGCAAGACUACUUAGGUGCAAUUGUUAGUUUCUUUGUAAGAUAGACUUUUUCCAAGAUGUUCGAGGAUACAAAUGGAGAACUCCAGAAUUCUUUCUCACAUUCUUUGUAAUUAUAUCUUUUGACUUCAUAUCAUUAAACUUAAAAGUAUGCCAAGGAUGUUUUUUCUUCACACUUUCACUAUUCAAUUUUCGUUGUUACCUGGUAAGGGUAUGUAACAUACAAUUGUUUUUCCCAGGUCUUCUAUACAGAAGAAUUAAACUGCUAAGCAACUUGU